ACGAAGCGUGUAUGGACUUGUCGGAAACUCAUCUUCUUAGAUCUUUGCGACAUAAUUAUCAGCAAAGUCGAUACUGAUGGGGUUUCGGUUAAACUAUUCAAUUCGAUUUUUGUCAAAAGUGACAAAUGUAUUCCGAUAAUCAAGUUUUCUAGAUUAGCCAUGAUGUCACAUGAAUCUGAUUCAAAUGCUGAAAAUGUGAGGUUUAUGUCAUUUAAAUGCCCUGACACUGCUGCUUUGUGCAAACAGUCUGGAAGACCCAGUGAUGCCCAACCUAGUACCUACGUUGUAAUUCUAAAUCAAGAUUCAGAAAACCAAUCUACAAAUCUGCUUUCCCAAUCUGACCAGCACACUCUAGGGACAAGACCACCUGGGUUAGUGUGUAAAAGCAAAUCAAAGUCUAGAGUCUCACUUUCACCCAAUGAUGAUUUAAAACUCAACUUAACAAAUGGAUUUGAUGACUACGACAGCUCUUGCACAUCCCAGAAAGUGUUUCAGGAUGAUUCAGAGGGAGCAAAAACUGACAGGUUUGGGGAGACAACAAAGAUAAUUCGACUCAAAAUCCCUAGUUCUCUUCAGAAAGCAAUGCAAAUAAGCCAGAAACUUAAUGCACAGAGACUGUUGGCUGAAACUUCCUCUAACCAUCAAAGCAAUAUAAAGGGACAAUGGAACUCUACUGCCAAGUCAUCACCACUGACUGAAUCUGGGUAUUCCUCUGCCAAUAGCAGCUGUUUUUCAAGGGAAUCUUUUGAGACACCAAGUCCUGCCUCAGUGCCUUCUCAACACCAAACUGCAAGGCAGAUUUUUGAUAAGUCAGUUGUGGACUUGCAGAAAGGAAAAACUAGUCAUACAAGCCCAUCAAUGUUCACACCAUCCCCCAUAUCAUCAUUGUCUUCAGGGUUACGCAAUGUUGCUGUUUUUCAAGCAUCACCAUCAUUUUCACCGAAUCAAAACAAUGCUAAAAGUUCCUUGAAUUUACAAAGAACAUCUACACCACAAUCGGGAUAUGUUGUGGAAUCAGCAGAUGGACAGAAAUUUAUCUUACCAGUUGAUCCACACCAAACCAAAACAGUCUCUGUGUCCAAAUCAGAAUCCCAUAUCAAUAUAAAGCCACUCAAUAUGACUCAGUUCAUGCCAAAUUCAAAUUUUAACUGCAAACCCGAAGUUCGAGAUAUAAAGCAGCAAAGCUUCACCUUGGAGAGAUCUGAUUCAAAACUUGAAGCUCAGACUGCCCCAAACAAGAAUCCUUUUUGUGAAUCCCAGUCUAAACUCAGUGAUAGUGACCAGAUAAAAAGUACUUUGGAGAUGUCCAAGAAUCCUGUUACUUCCUCACAGCAGCCAGAGUGUACUUCAUCCUUUUCCAUGAUAACCCAGGAAAAGAUUGGAGAUGUGAUCAUAAAAUGUGGUUUAAAAGACAAUGAGAAUGUUGUUAAGGUAGAGGUGGCAGAUGAAGAUGUCGUAGAUAAGGCAGCUGAUUCCCAAGAGUCUAUGGAUUCUUUUCCAAAUUCUCAAGAGUCAACUGAAAAAGACUCAUUGAAUGAUUCCUUAACCAAUAUCCAGUGGUUGGGGGGAAUUCAGUUGAAGGAGGAUGGCAAACCUCAGAUGCCACCCACACAGAAUAAGAAGGACAACGCCAUACAGUGGCGAUGUCUGAGUCACUCAGAGGUUCUGAAGAUUGCAAAAGAAUAUGGCAGAGCCAAAAGACCACCGUUUUCAUACAUGACCUUGAUACAAAUGGCCCUAAAUAGCACAGAAGAUAAGAGAAUGACCCUAAGACAAAUCUGCAAGUGGAUAGAAGAAAUAUUUCCUUACUAUAAGUGCACAGCAAAACCUGGCUGGAAGAACUCCAUCAGACACAAUCUGUCCCUGUAUAGCAUAUUUGAAAGGGAAAAAUCAAAGAAACAUGGAUCCUAUUGGACUAUUAGAGAAGACUGUCCUGAGAAAUCCAAAGUGGUUCCAUCCAAAGAAAAGAGAGAAGCAUCAUCCACCCUGUCCAGUUGUCUCCCUGUGUUCCUCCCCCACCAAUCCUCACGGAUCCCCAAACUACCCAUCCCUGCCCAGUACAGAGGCAACACUGACAGCCUAAAGAGAAAUCUUCAGCCAAUACUACCACGACCCCACUCUUUCAACUCUGCCAUGCAGACCUUUGCUCUGAUCCCCAUACAGAGCAUGAACCAGUCCCAAGGAGUGCCCAGCACCUCAGGCCGACCUAUGCUAAUUCAGGUGCCCACUCAACCCCCUCCCACCCUGUCUCAGGAACCCAAGAAGGAUGCAGAGAAUCUACCAAUAAUGGAUAAACAAAUUGACCACAGCAAGAAAAAAGUUGUCAACAUUGCCCCCAAAUUUAACUCUCAAAAUAUUGUAAAGCAGGCUUGGUUAAAUGCUCAAGUGGGCAGUGAUAACGAGUGUAAAUCUGACACAGGGAUAAAGGAAGAAACCAGUGGUGAUGAUUCUGGUGUCAAGCGGAAGAAACAAAACAACGGACUUCCUAAACCAAGAAUAUACCCAAGAUCUAGUCCACCAAAAAAGCAACAGUCCCGUAGGAAACAAAAACUUGUUCCGAAGGAGCGUGACUUGUUACAAGACAGUUCUGAUGAUAAUGAGGAUGACGAUGUGAAACAGUUUAUAAACAAGCUAGAGCAAAACCUGCCUACUCCACUCAGGGCUAUUCUUGACGGCAGCGACACAGAAAAAGUCACAACAUCAACUCCCAUGAAGAAAGCCUCUGGCUCCCCCGACCUCCCGUCCCCAAUAAGGGGCAUUACUCCACUGAAAGGGGUUAGUCUUUUGGACACUAGUUUUCUGGACAGUUUCAAGGAUUUAGAUGAUGGCAGAAAUCCGUUUGCGUCACCUAAUUUUAUGUUAAACAUGAAGAAGAUGUCCCCAUCACUAAUGCGAAGUCCCAACACCUCACAGUUUGAUAAUUUGUUCUCAGGAUUGACUCCUAUCAAAGGAGAUUUAGACUCCAGUCAUAAUGAGAACUUAUCUAGAAUACUAAGUGAAUUUCCCCUGGAUGGAAUUGAAUCUGAGGAUGAAAUGUUGACAGGCAAUUUAUCAAAUAUGAAUUGGAGUGCAAUAUGUCAGAACAUUAACUCAACACCAAAUGAAAAGAGUAAGAUGGAGUAAAUUGUGACAUGUGUUAGGAUGCAUGGGUUUUUGUGUUCAUUUUAUGUGCAAAAUUGUGUGCUUAUAAUAGUAUUUAAUUAAACAUUCUUAUACAUGAAAGGGAGAUCAUUAAUCAAAUUGAUCUGGGAAUUGUAAACUGUUUUGAAUCAGCAACCCCUGAUGUUUCUUACUGCUUGUUGCCUCAUUGACCUGUCAAAAAAACUAAACUGCAGCUAGUAAAUGGUCUUAGCAUGCUUACAUAUUGUUAGUGAAUACAUUAACAUGUAUCAAUGUAGCCUUUUUUAAAAUGGACUCCAUGCUUUUGUCUGUUGUGCAAUAAUUGGUGUUUGCAGCAUGUGUGCUGUGACUAGUAACACAGAAUGUGACAGUGUAGAUAAUGUAUGACUGCUACCCAGUACCCACACUCUUUUCUAUUGGAUUAUGUGUUGUUUUAUCAUAGUUAAUAUACAUUUCUAAGACAGGUACAUCAUACAUAUCUUGUAUAUUUUGGCUUAACUUCUUAAAUUAAUGACACUAGUUACUCUUUGCAUAGACUCAGUUUGAAUGGGAGGAUGUGUCAGAUAUUUUUUUUUUAUUUGUAUAAAUGUUUUAUAACUGUACUACUUCUACAAAAUAGAUGUAUUUGAUUUGCAAGUAUCUGCAUGGAUUUGAUGUGUGGUGUGCCCAUGUAUGUAUGAAAUCAACUAGAUUUAGCAAAUGAUUGAGUGAAAAGAUAUUGUGAUAUUUUAAUUUUCUGCUUUUUAUUUAUGAAACAAAAUAACUCAUCAAAUGUUCAGAAUUGUAACUUGAUUUAAGUUUCACUCAAACAUACUCAUUAAUAAAUAAUAUUUAAAGAAAGAAAAUAGAACAAGAGACACAAGGUCCUUGUAAUUUAGAAAUUGCAUGGACUUUAAGCUAACUGUUAUUUGAUUUUUCAUGUGUCUGCAUAAUGAAAUUAUUGCAAUUAAGGGCUUUAUAAUAACCUCUCAUAUUUUCUGAAUUUUUGUUUUAACAAGUAAGUUACAUUUUAUUUAAAAAAUAAAAAAGACAGACAGAAGAGGGGGUGUUAUAUAAGUUAUGUCCUAAUAAUUAAACUUAGAAUUUAUAUGAAUCAAGUUAUCUGUACCUAACAGAUUUCCUUUGCAAUUUGAUAUUUUUCUUUGAAAAUUUAAUGGAACACAAACUAUCAGAGGAUGUUAGAAACAAAUUCAUAUCUGUGUUACUUUUGUGUGUGAUGAAGACUGCUUGAUUGUGACUGUUUUGUUUAUGAAUAUUGUUCUUUGUUAUUAUUGUCCUGUGUGUUGAAGAGAAAAGAAAUGUGAUAUAGAGUAAAACGAUUUACUCGCAUUACUUUGUAAAAUAAACUCACAAGAAGUUGA